CACAGGUCUAAUUUAUUCUGGGUGAUUUUUUUUGUUGGGGUUGAGCUUUUGAAUCGUGUCGCAGUCUUUUCAGGUUCUCUAACUGUUUUUGAUCUGCAUUAAUUUCGGGUGUCUUUUAUGAAUAAUCAAAAGCAGCAAAAGCCAACGCUAACAGGCCAGCGUUUUAAAACUAGGAAAAGAGAUGAAAAGGAGAGGUUUGACCCUACUCAGUUUCAGGAAAGUAUUGUUCAAGGUCUGAAUCAAACUGGCACCGAUUUGGAAGCAGUAGCUAAAUUCCUUGAUGCUUCUGGUGCAAAACUUGACUAUCGUCGCUAUGCAGAGACACUCUUUGACAUCCUGGUGGCUGGUGGAAUGCUGGCCCCAGGUGGUACUCUGUCCGAUGACCUGACCCGCACGGAGUUCUGUGUCUUCACGGCACAGGAAGACCUUGAGACCAUGCAGGCCUACGCUCAGGUUUUUAACAAACUAAUCCGGCGUUACAAGUACCUGGAGAAAGGGUUUGAAGAGGAAAUCAAGAAGCUGCUGCUGUUUUUAAAGGGUUUCACCGAGUCGGAGCGCAACAAGCUGGCUAUGAUAACGGGUAUCCUCCUGGGCAACGGAAACUUGUCCGCCUCCAUUCUGAGCAGUCUUUUCAACGAGAACCUUGUCAAAGAAGGCGUGUCUGCAGCAUUUGCUGUCAAACUGUUCAAAUCGUGGAUCAACGAGAAGGACAUUAAUUCAGUUGCAGGCAGUCUGCGCAAAGUUGGUAUGGAUAACAGACUCAUGGAGUUGUUUCCUGCCAACAAGAGGAGCUGCGAGCACUUCUCAAAGUACUUCACCGACGCAGGGUUGAAGGAACUGUCGGACUUUGCACGCAACCAGCAGUCCAUCGGGGCACGAAAGGAGCUUCAGAAGGAGCUCCAGGAGCAGAUGUCGCGUGGUGAUCCAUUUAAAGAUAUUAUUGUUUAUGUCAGGGAGGAGAUGAAGAAAACCAACAUCUCUGAGCAGACCAUGAUCGGUAUUGUGUGGACAAGUGUGAUGAGCUCUGUGGAGUGGAACAAAAAGGAAGAGCUGGUAACUGAACAAGCCAUCAAACACUUGAAGCAAUACAGCCCUCUCCUCAAAGCCUUCACCUCCCAAGGCCUCUCUGAGCUCACACUGCUGCUGAAGAUUCAGGAGUACUGUUAUGACAACAUUCACUUCAUGAAGGCCUUUCAGAAAAUUGUGGUGCUUCUUUAUAAAGCUGAUGUGUUGAGCGAAGAAGCCAUUCUGAAAUGGUACACGGAUGCCCAUGUUGCUAAAGGAAAAAGUGUUUUCCUGGAGCAGAUGAAGAAGUUCGUUGAAUGGCUCAAGAACGCUGAGGAAGAAUCUGAGUCGGAGACGGAAGAAGGUGACUAAAACCUCAAGCCAAGACUCAUGUUUUAAAUAAAGUAGCAACAGGAGCUGUAGAAUGUUUUGUUACAGAAGUGCUUGUCUUUCUAGUUCUUAUUUUAUUUUUUUCUAUUCUACCUCCUGUAAUUUUCAGCUGUAACGUUUAGAUGUAAUUGAAGGGCUUUAACAACCAGUUCAUUUUAACUCCUUUUUUUUCUAUAUCCAAAAUAAAGUUUACACUUCAUUUAGCAUCUUUGUGAAUCCGUUUCCCUAAUCGCUGUAAAAUUGACUGACAGAAGUGUAAGUUGCUGCAAUUGAGAAUCGGGGAAAAAUUGACCCUGAUCCAGAUUUAUUUAAUGUAUUCUGACAUUCCAUUGAGCUUGAGCUUAAAUGGGUCCCCCCUAGCAUGUGCAGCUUUAAAACUAAGUUGGGACAAAUUUGGGUAUCAAAAGGCAUUUCUAGGGUGCACAUGAGCGCAACCUCCACAAAUGGAUGCGUAGUCUUUUACAUAUGAAGAUGCUUCUUUAUCUUUAAUCAGAUUUUGCCCUGUUUGAUGUCUUUAUUUUUGCCAAAGGAAGAAGCCCUGAAUGUUUCAUACGAUUUUUAAGAAUCUUGGUUAUAUUCAACUUUUCAUUCAAUCUUUUCACUUUCAAUAAAUUGUACAAAAAAAAAGAAUUAAGCAGCGGUACCUGGCAAGUACCACAGUUGAAUUGAUAUGAUCUCCUGUAAAAUACAGUGCCAGCUUUGGUUUAAUAUUGGUUACUUUUUUCUUUACCCUGAUAUAAAUUGACUUUUUUUAAAAAAUAAAGAUGAAUUAAAGGUC